AUGUCAUCGGAGAUAACAACAGAUCCACCACCAGUGUUAAUAUGGCCUUCACAAACUCCAUUAGAUCCUUAUUCAACUCAUCAAAUAUUUAUGCCUCAAUUCUCAUAUUCAUUUGAUCCACCAUAUUCCCACGCAACAACUUCAUAUCAACAUCCAAUAUCAGGCACAAAUGUCCGCAAUGAUAUUUUCCCGUCAUCACCAUCAGCUACCAAUGCAACCAGUUGGUGA